AUUUAGCAGUUUUGAGGGAUAUAUGUGCAAGAAAUUCAGUUAUUAUUUUAUCAGCCAGCACUGAUACAAUAAAACUACAGUCAUAGUGUUAACUAACGACCGUUAUGCACCGUUCUUCCCGUCCCUCAAACGGCGGCGAUACAAAAGGCCGAUUGGCUGCUCCGCUUCGUUUUUGCGGAAGGCGGAAGGAGCAAAGAAGAGGGGAAAGGAAAAGGGGGGAAAUAGAAAUACAAGAAAACACUAAACCCUAGUUUCGAUUUCCAAGGAGAAGCAUCUAAAAUUAGGGUUAGGGUUAGGGUUCAGAGAAUUGAAGGGAGAUGAUGCGGGGAGGAGGCGCGGAGGGGAUGGGGAUGAUGGGGGCCGGCGGGCCGCUGCGGCUGAAUCCGGCUGCGGAGGCGGGGGGAACGAGCAGCGGCGCCGGCGGAAGGGGGAAGGAGGAGAAGAUGCCGCAGUGGUCCCCGGAGGAGACGAGGGAUCUGAUCGCGAUAAGAGGGGAUCUGGAGAGGGACUUCAACGUGUCGAAGCGGAACAAGACGAUGUGGGAGGUGGUCGCUGCCCGGAUGAGGGAGAGGGGCUACCGCCGCUCGUCGGAGCAGUGUAAGUGCAAGUGGAAGAACCUCGUCAAUCGCUACAAGGGUAAAGAAACAGCUGAUCCAGAAACUGGCAAACAAUGCCCUUUCUUUGAAGAGCUCCAUGCUGUCUUCACAGAACGUGCAAGAAACAUGCAGCGUGAACUGCUUGAGUCUGAAUCAGGAGCUUCCCAUUCUAAGAAGAAACUGAAGAGGCUAGGUGCGGAUAAAUCCUCUGAUGAACUAUCCGAAGAUGAUGAAGAUGAUGAAGACAGUGAUGGGGAGCGCCUCACAAAGUCAAGAAAGAGGAAAAUUGACAGAGGCCAGCAGCAGCGGGCAACAGACAAGGCAAAAGCAACCACUAGCAGCAUCUGUAAUCUGCUGCAGGACUUCUUGCAGCAGCAGCAGCACAUGGAGGUGCAGUGGUGGGAGAUGAUGGAACGGCGGGCUCAGGAGCGGGUGGUGUUUGAGCAGGAGCGGCGGCAGUCAAUGGAGAAGCUGGAGAAGGAGAGGCUGAUGCUGGAGCAGGCAUGGUGGGAGAGAGAGGAGCAGAGGAGGAGAAGGGAAGAAAUGCGGGCUGAGAAAAGGGAUGCACUCUUAACCACUCUUUUGAAUAAGCUCCUACAGGAAGACUUGUGAUAAGAAAUUUGCAGCAAGUAGAGCUGGAGAGAAAAAGAGUGGGGCUUGCAUUCUAUGGCCUUGUGAUCAAUUUUUAUGGUUGCAUAAUUGUGACGACAUCCUUACAGAAAGGAAACUAUACAACAAUGUACUAACAUGUAAAAAAAAAAUCCAAAUCAUAAGUUCUGUACUCACCAAAGAUUGCUUUUGGCGAGGAGUCAUGACGAUAGAAUUUAAAGAUUGGAAUUUGAGUGCUUAUACAUAUCUUUGGGUUUGUAAUUAUGGUUGUACAGUAUCUCAUGCUUGAAAAACAAAAAAAAUUACUCUCGGUCGAACCCUGUAACAUCAGAUUGUUGAAUGUAAUUAACCAUAGAAUUAAUGGAAAGAUGGUUCUGGGA